AGCGAUACGGCUGUUUAAUGGAAGCGGAGCGGCAACAUCGCAUAUCGCUUUCUCUCUCGCAGUAUAGCUUUGGCGUCGCUUCGGGUGGCCGCGUUCAUCGGUCGGGAAAACAAAACAUAAUUUAAAUGAUGAACUCGAGACACUACAGAGAGCGUUUGAUAGACGAAGUGAAAAAGUACCCGGUGCUGUACGACACGCAGCAUGAGAACCACCGCGACAUCGACGUGCGCGAUCGCUGCUGGCUGGAAAUCUCCGAGCGGCUGGGCGCUAACAGUGAGGUGCUGAAGCGCGAGUGGAAGAUUUUGCGUGACUCCAUGCGCCAAGCUCUAAAGCGCAGUAAGACGGGCGCCACCACUAAAUCAGGGUUGCCAUGCAAGAAGUGGCGCUUCCAAAGUCGCAUGGCCUUCGUGUUACCGUACAUGACAAUCAGACGAAACCAACGGUCAGUGAAGAGCAAUAUCAAGGUGGACGACAUGGAAGCGGGGUCAGAGCACGAGCGCGAGCCUGAGGUGUGGGAGCCGCCUCCUCCGGCCGACAGUGACCACGACUCUCUGGACCUGUUUUUCGCAAGUGUCUGCCAAAGUACCAAACGGUUACCAAGAAAAUUUCAAUCUUCAGUAAAAAGACAAGUUCUGGAUGCACUUCUCAGAGUUGAAGAAGAGUGGGAGGUGGAACAAGCAGAGUCUAAGACUGAACUAAACAAAAACUUCUGAAGAAGUGCACGCGUUGAACAUUGGUAAUCAAGCCUCGGAAUAAAACAGCAAUAAAAUAAGGAAGUAUUGGUAAAGGCCAGAAUCGAUGCGCUAAAAUCAAAGCACCUAUUUUAGACGCUCCCAGAAAAAACAGCCGAUAACUGUACAAAAAAUGAAGAGCACAGGAAGCAAUUUGCCAUUGAAGUGACAUAAAGGGGUAGAAGACUACACAGAAAGAAAUUAAUAGAAAAUCUCAGUAACUUAAAUAAUAAGGAAGGAAGAUUCAUGGGCCCUAUUUUAAAAAUAUUUUAAAUCUAGGGCGUCCAGCGUCCAUAAUUUGACUACGGUUCAAUCUAUCUAUUUAGAAAAACUGACAGGUUGGUUUAUACAAUUAUGGGUGAAGUUAUCUUUACAAGUACUUGGAGAAUAUUAUGAAGCUUGGAAUGGUUGACUUAGUAUGUCGGGACAUAUUCCCGGAGAGUCCAUCAGACAUAAUUAUUAACUCUUUGUUGUACUCGUUUGGAUCAGGGCGAAUACUUGAUAGCUAAUGAAAGAGUCUAGAUUGACCAUCAGCAACUUGCUUUACAAUAUAGACUUUUGAAUUGAAGGGACCGCUAUGUGCCCGAGCCUGUUCUACAAAAUGAUCAUAAAUAUUACGUUGUUUGACAGGGCUAUUGUUGCGAAUAAGUCUGAAACAGUAAAUAGAGCAACUAGAGGACUGACCUACAGACUGCCAUUUUUUCUUAUUAUUUAAUAUUAAAAUAUUUUGUUUUGACGUUUAAAAGUACCUUCCUGGUCUAAUUGAAAUAAAUGCCACACGAUGAUACAUCGAUUUCACCAUUGGUGAAGGCGAGAAUCUCGUGAAAGCUCAGAAACAUACCCGAACAAAUAAAAUAAAUCAUGACUUAGCUCACGACCUUGGAUGGA